AUGCCACCUCACAUCUGCGAAUUUUGCAAAGCAGCUCGCGCUCAAAUCCUCCGUCCGAAGAACCACGCCCGAUUGUGCGCACCCUGCUUCAUUUCGAUCUUCGAAGUCGAAGUCGCCGAGACCGUGACGUCUAGCAACCUAUUCGAAAGCGGCGAAAGAGUUGCGAUCGGAGCAUCCGGUGGUAAAGAUAGCACUGUGCUCGCAUCUGUGCUCAAGACGCUGAACGAUCGUCAUCAAUGGGGAUUGGAUCUCAUACUACUUUCAGUAGAUGAGGGCAUCCAGGGCUACCGGGACCACAGCUUGGAGGCAGUGAAGAGACAUAGCGCCCAAUACGAUCUACCACUGAAGAUUGUGAGCUAUGCCGAGUUGUACGGAUGGUCCAUGGAUCAGGUAGUAGCACAGGUGGGCAAGAAAGGCAAUUGUACAUACUGCGGUGUCUUCAGAAGACAAGCACUGGACCGAGGGGCCGCCAUGUUAGGCGUCGGUCAUGUUGUCACCGGGCACAAUGCGGAUGAUGUCGCAGAGACUGUGCUUAUGAACUUGCUCCGAGGGGAUCUCCCUCGAUUGAGCCGGGCGACGAGUAUCGUUACCAGUACACCGUCCGCCAAAGCCACCAAAUCGCCAGAUGGCGGAGUGUCUUUCACCAACGUGAAGCGUUCAAAACCACUCAUGUACGCAUAUGAGAAGGAGAUUGUGUUAUAUGCACAUCAUAAGAAACUGGACUACUUCAGCACCGAAUGUAUUUACAGCCCCGAGGCUUUCAGAGGAUCGGCGAGGACUCUGAUCAAGAAUCUGGAACGCAUUAGACCUGAGAGUAUCUUGGAUGUGGUUCGCUCGGGAAUCGACAUGGCAAAACUCGUACCUGGUGCCGACGGUAACUGCAAAGGAGCUUGCAGCACUUCGUCAGAUGUCGCAGCCAAAGGAGCAGAGGAUGAGGCCGCUGGUGGAUGUGGAAAUGCUAAUGGGAAUUCCAGCGGUGGUGAAAUGGCAGAGAUGGAGAAGAAAUUGCGUCAAGACGAGGAUGCCGCAUCGAAUGGGACUGAGACCGAAAUUAAAAUACCACAAAAAGCUAAGGCUCUCGAGAGUGAAGGCGGAGAAAAUGGAACCGCAACGUCUGGUCAUGAUGCUAUACCAAUGCGAACAAAGCAGAAGCCUUCCGGUCGCAGGCCAGCCCGCGGCACAGGACCAUCCAAGCAAAAACUUGGUCAAUGCGAGCGCUGCGGCUAUCUAUCUUCUCAGGCUGUUUGCAAAGCUUGCGAUUUGCUAGAAGGUCUAAACAAAGCCCGGCCCAGAACGGAAAUAGAAGUCUCGGAAGAUAAUGGCUGA